AUGAUGGAGGCAUCAUCAUCACCUGCUCCGGCACCAGGCGUCGCCACAAACGCCAAUCAAUCUGGCAGUCGCUGGCGCUCGGCCACAGCGCACGACGUCUACGCUGACAACCGUGAUGAGGACAUCUUUGGCUGGAUCCAACCCGACGAAUGGGACACCAUCGCCGGGCCUAACAAGAGCAACUUCAUGCGCGGCGAAUGCGUCGAGUGUGCUCCCGAACAAGACCAAUGCGCCCUCGUCCCUUCGCCACUGCAGAGCUGCGGAGGGCCCAGCUGUGGCUACGGUGCGCAAUGCUGCGAGUACAGCCGUCGAGCAACUCACACUUCCGGCCCCUCACUACGCACCCCCGCUCUUCUGCUUCAAGGUAACACGCAAGGUAACACGAAAGCAUCGUCAAACUCUCGAAUCCAGGACCUUGCAAAGGCGGAGCAAAAGAGCAGCCUCGGUGUCAGCCUGAUCGACAUCAUCCACGGUCGAAGCUGCCGCCCGAUCAGUCUCUUGGAUCUGCGUACCUUCCUUCACUUUCAGCGCCAGCCUCAGAAGCGUCUGCCUUCCUACUACCCAGCUUCCGACAUGCAGAGCUCGGCUCUUGACGACUUCGACCUCAACCUCGACAUGCCCACAUCUUCUACCGCCUCCUCGCCUUCCUCACCCCAGUUCGCCAAGGAGAAGCCAGCAAAGCAAGCGGCGCAACGUCUUCACUACGACGAGGUGGACGCUCUCGACUUUCUGGUAGCGUACGAGCGCUACCUCACCAAGUUCAGGGAUCAGCCGCGCGCAGAUCGCCUCAAGAGUCCCGACCCGGCUACCUGCAAGGCCGCCGUGCGCGCAUAUGUCCGCCGCGCUGCCAAGCCACGCGCAUCUUCCGAUCUCACCGCAGCCGACGUUUUGCGUCAAGGGCCUCACGACGCGGACGACUUGUCCGACAUCCCUGAGGAGGUCUCGCGAGAGGUGCUUGCUCGACUACGACCUGCUGAUCUAGGUCUCAAGCCCGAAUCGCAGCCGCUGCGUGUCGAGUUCGAUCGUCUCGUCCAUCGCUAUCUCUGCUCGCGACGUGCCUGCAUCCUGCCGAGCACCCGCAGACCUUUGAAGAAGCGAGCUUCCAACUCAUCCUCCGACACCAAGCAUGACGCACCCGACUCGCCACUUCACCAGAUGCUCGGCUCAUCUAAGAACGACAAGUUGCCCCGUCUCCGCUGGAUGGUCGACGUAGGUCUCAUCUCCGAGGGCCAACUACAGCUGGCCCUGGCAGAGUGCGACUUUUCGACGCAUCCCGAUGUGCUUGCACCCAUUGCAGAGGCCGUGUACGCCUACAUGUCGCAGCACGUUGUACCCUUCUUUUUCAUCUCGGUUUCGCGCAACCUGAGCCCCAACACCAAACGGGGCCGUCUCUUGAUCGGCAUUGUUUGCACAGUCAUCGCGCUCACAUUCAGCAUUCUACUCAUCGUCACGCCCUCGCCGCUCGCACCACGCGCCAAUCGUGGCACUGGCGAGAUCUCGCGAUGGUGGCGACUCUUGACCGCUCCACUCUGGUGUGCAGGUCUCGGAUACAUACUCGCUUACUUUACUGGGCUGUGUGUCUGGCUCACGUUGCGCGGCAACCGCGAACCCGAUGAAGAGGAGGAACGCGAACGCGAGGAGAUCCGGUCGCGCAUCUCUGGUGAAGACGUCGUCGGGUUCGACCUUGCCGAGCUCCAAGCUGCUGCGGACGAGAGGGACAGGGAUGCCGAGCUGGAGGCCAAUCCUUGGAUGGCGCCCGAAAUUGCCAAUAUCCUGACGGGCAUCGCCGGACCAAAGAAGGACAAGCACGGGAGGCAACGAGCCACCUCCGAUGUUCGAGGUGGCCGCAGCGCACGUGCGGCCGAAGAAGGACGCGCUCGUUCGAGGUCCGAGGUCGCGGCCGACUUGCCCAUUUCUGCAAAAGCCUCGUUCGAUCAAUCGUUCGCAGAUACUUCCAACGCGAUCGCAUUGCAGGCCUAUAUGGAGAAGGACGCCGCUCUCACUGCGCCAGCAGCCAUCGUCCUACAUACGCCAAGAAAGCAGGCCGCGUUGCCCGGUACUCCGGAGUCCGCCGGUCGCACCGCGGCCCUGCUCUCUGUCGCGGAUUUGAGCGCGGCAAACUCUGCCAGACCAAGCAUGGAUCGUGCCCGGCCCUCGCUCAACGACCUGCGUCAAACCGAUGCAGUCUCCUCAGCCAAUGGCGGAAGCAUCCCUGCAUCCGCUCUGAUGAGGCAGAAGCGCGUUCCCCUGCUCAACUUUUCGAUUGGCAUCACCAGCAAAUCGGGACACGAGCUGACAGACGACCGCGUUGACACACCAGUAUUGACGCGUGACGCACUGCUUUUCGAUCCCGAACUCGCGGCACGAGUCACCUCACCGGGGCUUCACGAGGCCAGUGCGGGGCGCAGUACGAGUGGAGGCUCUGCCCACGGUUCGCCUCCGGCGGCCGAUCGACGCAAGUCGCUUGCACACGUCUUGCUGCCGCUCAAGUCGAGUAGCCGCAUGCAAACGCACCUCGACGGUGCCGAGAUGACUCCGCACGCUGGCGAGCGAUUCGGUGUCAGCGACGGCGAAAAGGAAGGCGUUACCUUGCCCAAGAUCCCGGAACCGAUCGCGAUACCCCCAGCUGAGCUUGAUGGACGCGACAUUGCCCCGUGGUCGGCGCGGUCGGCAGUGAGCUCCCGUGGGCCGAUCUCGUCCAGGGCACUGCUGUUCUCCCUUCCAAGCACGCGCAGGUCGCACUUGUCGGCCGCCACCGGCACCACCUUGGUGAGCCCUUUGCCCAACAUCUCAUCAGCUUCUAAACGUGCGUACGACGAGUCGCCCAAUGCCAGCUUCAAGGAGCGUGUUUGGAGGACCAUCCAACGUGGCACUGGUUUCGCUAUAGGGACCGAAAAGGUGCUCGACGCUCGCGUACGUCGCGCACAGCAGAUGAAGGCGCUUCGCAUCAUGGCGCUCAAUACGAUCGCCACUGUUGUAGCUGUGGUCAUUAUUGUCGCCAUCCCCUGA